AUGAAAUAUGCACAUCUCAACCAGGCAGUUGUAGGAUGCAUCCUUGAGGAGCAAGACCGAUUCAUGCCUGACGUGGGUAGAAUCACGCAUAGGACCCUUCCUCCACAUGCCAAGAUAUCCGAUGACAGCAAACGGACUAUGCAUGAAUGUAUCUCUGUGUUCAUAUGCUUAAUAACAUGCGAAGCCAACGCUAGUUGCUAACGUGAAUAGCGGAACACCAUCACCGUUGAAGAUGUGCAUUGGGUCAUUAGCAAGUUUGGUUUUGAUGAAUACAUUGAACCCUUGCCUUUGUACUUGCCUCGUUAUCGUGAGCAUGGUGGUGGUGAGCGUGGAUCCCUGAUAGAUGAGUCUUUGUUGAAGCAUCCAAUAGUUGAUGCAGCUUCAGGCUGCAACAUCACGCCCUAUCACCCGCCUCGUAAUUUUCCUAUGGCUCAUCACCACUUUGUGUAUCCACCACCAAUGGGAAGUGGUGAUAUGCAAGGGGAUGCAUCAAAUGCAAGCACUUCUCAGUGUGUAAUGGAUAGUGACGUUGAGUCUCCUACGGAGGACGUGUUUGUGGUUGUUGGGUCUGUUUUCAUGGGGUUUUGGGGGUCAUUUGGUUGCUGUUUUGUGUCUGGUUCAAGCUGCUGGUUGCAGCAGUGUUGUUUCGUGAUGAUUCUCGCCGGAGAUGGCGGAUCUGAUGGGUUUGGGGUCGGGUAUUUGGAAGAAGCAGAACAGCUGGGUUGGAGGUGUUUGGAGUUGGGGGCUGCUGGUUGUUUGAGGUUGAAGCCGGCUCGCUGGUGGUGGUGUGAGCGGAGGGAAGAAGAAGAAAAUGAAUGGAGGUUUUGGGUGGUUUCAAGUGGUGUUUGCUGGCCGGAAAAGGGAGGAGUAAUGGAUGUGUUUGUUCACUUGUUUGGGGGUCAUUUGGUGGUGGCGUUUUGCCUGAAAAAGAAGAAAAUGAAUGGGGGUUUUGGGUUGCCGGAGAUUGGCCGGAAUCCGGGGUGGUAG